UGCUAUGAAAAUUAUAUUCAUUUUGCCUUGAAUUAAGUAUAAAUACAAGGGAUCAUUCAUCUCUUGCUGAGUUAUAAACUUUUACUUUAAAAAAGCAUUGAACAUUUUGAUGAAAGAUGUCACGACCUGCGUAUCAACUAGAGAUUCUAAUGCUAAUUGGCAUUACACUUACAACGUCAAUGCUAAAUGUAAACGGUGAUCCAUUCCCUACGCUUAAAAUAAAAAAAUAUCCUAUGCUGUUUGAAGAGUUCGAACUUUAUACACCCGAUUUAAGUCAUUUGGCCGAGGGGACAGAUAUACACCACCAUUAAAACCCACAUAUGUUUUAAAAAUCUGUACAAUUUUGCUUGCGUAAAAUUAAAAACCAAAUUGAAACAAAACUAUGCACAAGUAUCAGUCAAAGUGGUCGAUUGUCCGGACUUAAUGGCAGCACCAUUUAAUUUGGCAACAAAAGGCUUGAGUGGAUCAACUGCUCACGUUGAAGUCGGUAGCAUGAAAUAUUUGCUGCCAAAGCCAACAUUGAAAAGAAUAUACGACCUAGUCGACAUUGGAGAAAAUGUAUUACCAAAUGCUAAAAGUUUUGCUGUAAUUGGUGCCGGCGAAGGUCCAUUUUUGGACAAAAUAAAAUUCUGUGAUGGAGUUUACAAUUUAAAAGUAAACGAAAACAAAACGCUUGUAAAUGAAUGUCGAUAUACCCAUUUUGACGGGUCUGAUGUCAAAACUGAAAAAGUUUCACCAAACGAAACACGAAUGGCAUUUUUGGGCAAUAUGUUUGUGACCGAGGGCAAAGCUGGAAAGGUCGUUCAUAUAAAAGCAAAAAAACGUGUCGGAAGUGAAGCAAGCUUCGUAACAGCCUGCCGUAAUGCUGUUUCUGACGCAUUUGGAUGGAAAGUUGUCGGUAUUGGAGGAGUAUUCAUUGUGAAAAAUGGCACAACAAAGCAUCAUUUAAGAAACAUUUCUCUAAAAAAAUCUGUAAAAGAUAAUUCAUGGAAGAAAUUCUUCGAUAUGCCUGCUCCAUUCACUUCGGUUGGGACAUUCAUAACUGACGAUAUGGGUUUAAACAUGCAAAUGGAACAUUUUCAUAGCUUUUCAAAUGGCAAAUGGGGCGGUAACUAUGAAUAUGAUACGAGUGCCAAUACUAUUGAAUAUGAAGCAUAUUUCAAUGUUGCUCAACGGGCAGUACUCAUUGAUCGCUCAACAGAUUAAAUUUUUUCAACUGAAGAAUUAAAAAUAUUGUUAGAUUUAAAAAAGGAAAAUUGGAUGUUGAUGUGUUCAAUUUUUAAUUUUUUAAUAAAGUAACAUAUAAAUCAAUUCUUCUUGAUAUAAAUGCAUACUAAAUAUAUUGAAAUAAAGAUAAGAAAUUCAGUGAAAUCAAA